AUGGGUCUCAGUUGCGGGGCACGGGCUCUAAAAUUUUGUCUUUUUCUCUUCAAUUUAGCUUUUGUGAUUUGUGGUUUAGUUUGUGUUAUUCUUGGUGUUUGGCUAAUAUUGGAUAGAUAUGCUGUUGAUAAUUUGGCUUUAGCUAUUUCACAUGUUAAGGGUAUUCAACAUCAAGAUGAUGGACUUAAUGAAUUAGCAUCAAAACCUACAGCAGUUCGUCAAAUUGGUUAUUUAUUACUAUUUGGCGGAAUUGCUGUUAUUUUUGUUGCCUCACUUGGUUGUUGUGGAGCUGCAAAAGAAUGGCGUCCUCUACUUUGUUGUUAUGCAAGUUGUUUAAUGCUAAUUUUAGCAAUUGAAAUUGCUGCUGGAAUUUAUGCUGCAAUGCAUUCACAUAUGUUUGAUAAAGAUUUUCGUCAAAUUCUUCGUGCCUCCCUUAAAUUAUAUAAUGGAACAGAUACACCAACAACACUCUUAAGUGAUGAAAAGACAACAACAAUAACAACUAAUAGUAGAUCAUCAACUGAUGCAAUGCUUGUAAAAACAGCUUGGGAUAAAUUAAUGCAAGAAAAAGCAUGUUGUGGUGUUGAUUCGCGUUUGGGAGAAUUCAGUCAAAGUGGGUGGUAUCGGUUGACAAAAGGCCGUUCUGAAUUCCCACCCGCAUGUUGCCCACCUAAAAGAAACGGCAAAUUAGCAGCCAGCUGCCCUACAGUAUUCAGAUAUGGAGAGGGUUGCUACAAUCGAAUUAAAGAAUCAAUUCAAGAAUUAACUAUGCAAUUUAAAGUUGUUAUGUGGACAGCUAUUGUCAUUUCUCUUAUUCAGGCAAUUAAAUAA